AGCCAGUGAAAUUACUAGUGUGAAAUCAAAUUCUGUGAGUUUAGCUGCAGGCGAGAUAAGAGCCCCGCCAUCCAGUGUGUGUGUAUUUCGUGGGAGGAGAAAAACCAGUGAUCCCCUCGUAUUGUGCAACGUAAUUAAAGCGAAGGUUUCUAGCAGGCAAAACAGACGGUUCCCAGGAUCGAAUCAGCAGCUCGACAGUGAAAAUGUCCUACGCAUACCUGUUCAAAUACAUUAUCAUAGGCGACACAGGUGUCGGCAAAUCCUGCCUACUGCUCCAGUUCACGGACAAACGGUUCCAGCCGGUGCAUGAUCUGACGAUCGGUGUUGAGUUCGGUGCUCGUAUGAUCACCAUCGAUGGCAAGCAGAUCAAGCUGCAAAUCUGGGACACGGCCGGUCAGGAAGCAUUCCGUUCGAUUACCCGCUCAUACUACCGAGGUGCCGCCGGGGCCCUGCUGGUGUACGACAUCACCCGAAGGGAAACGUUCAACCAUUUGACCACCUGGCUGGAGGACGCCCGGCAGCACUCGAACUCCAACAUGGUGAUCAUGCUGAUUGGCAACAAGAGUGACUUGGACUCCCGCCGCGAGGUGAAGAAGGAGGAAGGCGAAGCUUUCGCCCGAGAGCACGGUCUAGUCUUUAUGGAAACUUCAGCCCGCACGGCGGCGAACGUAGAGGAGGCUUUCAUCAAUACUGCGAAGGAGAUCUACGAGAAGAUACAGGAGGGAGUGUUUGACAUCAACAAUGAGGCAAACGGCAUCAAGAUUGGCCAGCAGCACUCACCAACCAACCCGUCCCUAGGCAGCGGAAACAAUCCCGGCGGUCAGUCGAGCAGUGGUUGCUGUUAAAAUGUGUUGCCAAAAACCAACCACCACCACUUUAUCACCAUUUACCAUACUAAUGCUGCUAUGCUAUGAAAGAACCCCCUCUUUGUUCAGCUGCUCCAAGAUGGGGACACUAGUUGAAUGGUGACGAAAAACAAGAAGAAGAAGAAGAAGACGAAGAAAAACAUGUUGGAGGUAGGGUACACAAAAGGACAACACACGAGAGCGAAGGACUUUGUAUAAAAGAAAACUAAUUGAAAAGGUAACGAAACCGUGUGCUCCUAGCAUUAUAAAUAAAAAUAACGAUGAUGAUGAUAAUAUUUGAAUAACCGAGGUUGCAGUUGGGUUUGUGUAAGCGGGACGUGAUUGGCGAAUGUUGUAAAAUAAAGUUUAUAUUUUGUUUUAUUUUUUAAUUACCAAUCAUCAUAAAAUUAGCUAUCUAAAUAAAAAGACCGGGCAGUGAGACGAAUGGCAAAUUCCGUUUAUUUUUUGUUUCAUUCAUUUAUUAGGUAUAAAACGAUAAGUGAAGAUGAGAGAAUACGGCUAAACUGUCUUAGAAACGAUACGAUCUUACGAUUACCUAAAACAAAUGAGAAAUCAAGACAAAAGAAUGGAACACUUACCCUUUACUGCAUGUUUAGUAUUUUAUCUCAAAGUGAAGAAGAACCUACCAACCUAACAAACAACAACACAACUAUUGAAUUUCUAGCAUAAGCAAACGUAUAGAUCUUUGACAACUUCCUUGGUCCCUUUAUUAGAUUAAAGCUUUUACCAAAUAGUCUUCGUUUGUUUAUUUUAAUCAAUAAAGCAAAAAAGCUAUCGUACGUCAUAAAAAAAGAAAACGAUUUCCAAGUUCUUAGCAUAAUGAUCAUACCACCAUUCAUGGUUGAACCGGAGCCGUGAAAUUGAUUCGUUUUUGCUCAGGCAGGCAUUCCACGCAAAGCAUUCUUCCGUUCCUUACGUGUGACAACAACAACAACUACUACUAUUUACUACACAGAACUAGUUCGUUCAAUGAAUCCAUAAAAUUCCAACCUACUAAUCGGUGUCCGUUAAAGCAACCCUUUUCUUGUGUCUAUAUUCGGGUUCUUUCUUUGAGGUAUGCCGAAAAUAAGUUCCCUACUGCUUGUGGUGUGCGUUAUUGGAAAGCAAAAUUAUUCAAACAUAAAAUAGACCAUCUACGAUGGAAACGGAUCUGCGACAUGUGAAUGGCGCGUAAUCGAUUCGACGUUGGAAAAAGUUGUAGUUUCGUAUAAAUCAAAACCUAUGACGAUUAUAUUUUUCAGUUGUGAUCAAUUUAAGGUAAACUAAAUAUAAACUAUGAAAUUAAUAACAAUUAAUAAUAAA